AAACUAUGACAACGAUCACAUAACCAGAUUUCAAAGUUAUGAACAAGAAUUUACUUUACAACAUUCUAUACAUUUAAAAAAAAUACAAAUAAAGAAAUGAAUAUUUUUCUUAAAUGAAUCUUAAUUUAUAAUAGGAGUUAAUAGUACAAGAAAAUAAAAAUAAAUGGAAUGUGGACAUAAAUGAAAUAUUUUAUUUGAAUCAAAACAUGUCUUGUUUUUUUUCGUUGUCUGAAUUAGAACAUGUCUUGUGUAAUCUAAAGUAAAUGGAAAAAUAUAAAAUACAUAAAGAAGUAAAUAGUGAUGGGGGUGAAUGUGACGUGGUGACUAGUUGACAUUAUUAUCUUAGAGCGAUCCACCGCAUGCUGCUUCCUUCCUGUUAUUUUGCGUAUUUAAAUAAUUCAUAAUCUCACGUUCCCUUUUAAAUUCCCACCAUUAUUAUUAUCAAAUCUUCUCUAUCUGUCAAUGUUAUCUUCUCUGCACCAACUUCAACGCAUAAACACGACAAGGCUUCCCAUAUUCUGUCGGUACGUUCAAUCUUCUUUAUCCUUUUUUUAUCUCUGCUAUUUCUUUCCGCUUCAUUCUAUAAAUGUCUUAGCCAUUUUAGAUUUCUAUUUUUAUAAGUUUCCUCUUUUGAAAUGGAUCAUCCGCUUCAGAACAUUCACAAAUUCUAAAGAUGGACGUUGUGGGUGGCUAAAUCUCCUUCUCUAGCUUGACCUUUUAAUGAUACAGAGAUGUGUCUGAGAAGAAACAACAUUACUUUAACAUCAAUCUUAGAUCCUAACUUUUGUAGAACCGGCGCCAGUGGUAUGGGAUAUGAACUAGAUUGUGCUGGACAUCAUCAUCAUCACUCAUCAGUUGUCUCUACAAUAGUCUUCUUCUCCGCUACAUUAUUCAUUCCUUUAUCUUUGAAAAUCAAUAUACGUGACGGCUUUCACGAAAUUCUUUAAUAACAUUUUCAUACACACAAAAAAACUUACUUUUAGUUAGAAAAAAAAAUUGUAUUGAGAGAUUUGUCUAUCUCUCUGUUCAGAAGAUUAGUCAAAAAUAUGCAAGCUUUUGUAAGUGGGAAGAAAAGGGUUGUAGUAAGUAACGGCAUGUGUUUCUCCAAAGACAAUCUUGAUCUUGGUUCUGAGAAUUACCGGGACGUCCCUUUAAUCCCGGGAUUGUCUGAUGACGUGGCAAAGAUGUGUCUGGCGCUGGUUCCGCGUGCUAGCUUCCCUUCCAUGGGACGUGUCUGUAAGAAAUGGAGGUAUGUUGUGAAGAGCAAAGAGUUUAUUACUGUGAGAAGACUUGCCGGUAUGCUUGAGGAGUGGCUCUAUGUCUUAACAACGAAUGCUGGAGGGAAAGAGAGCCACUGGGAGGUAAUGGACUGUCAGGGACGUAAACUAUCAUCUCUUCCACCUAUGCCCGGUCCUGCCAAAACAGGGUUUAAGGUGGUUGUGGUUGAUGGGAAGCUCCUUGUUGUUGCUGGUUGUGCUUUGAUCAACGGUUCUCUUGUUGCAUCUUCUGAUGUUUAUCAGUUUGAUACUUGCCUCAACAGCUGGAGCAGACUAGAAGACUUGAAGGAAGCACGCUAUGACUUUGCUUGCGCUGAGGUGAAUGGGCUUGUUUAUGUGGUGGGAGGUCACGCUGUUGACGGUGAGAGUCUGUCGAGUGCAGAGGUGUAUGAUCCAGAGACUGGUAUAUGGACUUUCAUAGAGUCUCUGAGGCGUCCGAGGUGGGGAUGUUUCGCUAGCGGCUUCAACGGGAAGCUCUACGUGAUGGGUGGGAGAUCUAACUUCACCAUUGGUAACUCUAAACUUGUUGAUGUGUAUAACCCUCAGUGCGGCUCCUGGUGUGGCAACAAAAACGGUUUAACUAUGGUGACAGCUCAUGUUGAAGUAGGAAAGAAGCUGUUCUGUAUUGAUUGGAAGAACCAGAGGAAGAUGUCAGUGUUCAAUGCAGAAGAUGAAACUUGGGAAGUGGUGGCUCUUCCGCUUUCAGGAAGCUCCAGGGCCGGGUUCCAGUUUGGUAAGCUGAAUGGGAAGCUUCUGCUUUUCUCAUCUCAGGAAGAAGCUGGUCGCAGCACAUUAAUGUAUGAUCCGGAUGCUGCACCAGGCAAGCAGUGGAUGACAUCUGAGAUAAAACUGUCUGGUCCGUGCGUAUGUAGCGUAACAAUCACAGCCUGAUUUGAUGUGAUCUUACUGAUACCAUUGUGGUCGGUACAUUUUCUACACGAAUACAAAAUCAAAGAGAGCAUUGUCUCUUUAUAAGUUGAUACACUGGUUUUAAAUAAAGUGGAGAGUGUUUUGUUUGAAACUGCUUUAGUGUUGUUGUGGUGUUCCUCCACUGUUUGUUCCUUGUAACAUAUGAUUGUGUUGAUUUAUGUUUAAUUUGUGAUGGUAAUUUCCUAAA